GUGGAACCCAGAGCGCACCGGGGCUGCCCGCGGGGCGGCGCCUGGAGGCGGCGGCGCGAUGAGGAGAAGGGCGGGGUGGAGAACUGAAUAUCUACAAAAAAUGUUGGUGGCACAGAUGUGACCUACAGUAAUACCUUGAAAGAGUAUGAAUAUUUCAGCAAACUGCCUCUUCAGUGGUUCCUCGUUAGCGUCUGAAGUGCAUGCUGCUGCUGUUAAUGGAGAUAAGAGUACCCUCCAAAAGCUAAUAGCAGGAAACUCUGAGCUGAAAGAUAAAGAGGACCAGUUUGGAAGAACUCCCCUUAUGUACUGUGUGCUGGCUGACAGGCUGGACUGUGCAGAGGCUUUGCUGAAGGCUGGAGCUGAUGUUAACAGAGCGGAUCGCAGCCGAAGGACCGCUCUCCAUCUUGCUGCACAAAAGGGAAAUUACCGCUUCAUGAAACUUUUGCUGGCUCGUAGAGGGAACUGGAUGCAGAAGGACUUAGAGGAUAUGACACCAUUGCAUUUAACUACACGUCACAAAAGUCCAAAAUGUUUAGCUUUGUUGUUAAAACAUAUGGCACCUGGAGAAGUGGAUACCCAGGACAGAAACAAGCAAACUGCAUUGCAUUGGAGUGCCUACUACAAUAACCCAGAGCACGUGAAACUUCUCAUCAAACAUGAUUCAAAUAUUGGGAUUCCUGAUAUUGAAGGAAAAAUCCCACUUCACUGGGCAGCUAACAACAAGGACCCUAGUGCAAUCCACACAGUGAAAUGUAUUCUGGAAGCUGCACCUACAGAAUCUCUGCUGAACUGGCAAGACUAUGAAGGACGAACUCCUCUUCAUUUUGCUGUUGCAGAUGGGAAUGUAGCAGUUGUGGAUGUCCUGACCUCCUAUGAAGGCUGCAAUGUGACAUCUUAUGACAACUUGUUUCGAACUCCCCUCCACUGGGCAGCCUUACUUGGUCAUGCACAGAUUGUCCAUCUCUUACUAGAAAGAAAUAAGUUUGGAACUAUCCCAUCUGAUAGCCAAGGUGCAACACCCCUACAUUAUGCAGCGCAGAGCAACUUUGCUGAAACAGUUGAAGUAUUUUUGAAGCAUCCUUCUGUAAAAGAUGACUCAGAUCUUGAGGGAAGAACGUCCUUCAUGUGGGCAGCUGGCAAAGGCAGUGAUGAUGUCAUUAGGACUAUGCUGACUUUAAAAUUGGAUAUUGAUAUCAAUAUGACAGACAAAUACGCCGGCACAGCCUUACACGCUGCUGCCCUUUCUGGCCACGUCAGCACAGUGAAGCUGCUGCUGGAGCACAAAGCCCAGGUGGAUGCCCUGGAUGUGAUGAAACACACCCCACUCUUCAGAGCCUGUGAGAUGGGUCACAAGGAGGUGAUUCAAACACUCAUCCAAGGAGGAGCAAGAGUAGAUUUGGUUGACCAGGAUGGGCACUCACCCCUUCAUUGGGCAGCCCUGGGAGGAAAUGCUGACGUGUGCCAAAUCCUGAUAGAAAAUAAAAUCAACCCCAAUGUGCAGGAUUAUGCAGGUAGAACACCUCUGCAGUGUGCAGCUUAUGGAGGUUACAUUAACUGCAUGGUGGUGUUGCUGGAAAACAAUGCAGAUCCAAAUAUUCAGGAUAAAGAGGGCAGAACUGCCCUGCACUGGCUCUGUAACAACGGCUACCUUGAUGCUAUAAAGCUGCUGCUGGGCUUUGAUGCUUUCCCCAAUCACAUGGAGAACAGUGAGGAGAGAUAUACUCCACUUGAUUAUGCCUUGCUUGGUGAGCACCACGAAGUGAUUCAGUUCAUGUUAGAACACGGGGCUCUGUCCAUAGCUGCCAUUCAGGAUAUUGCUGCUUUCAAAAUCCAGGCUGUCUACAAAGGAUACAAAGUUAGAAAGGCUUUUCAAGAGAGGAAGAAUCUUCUAAUGAAACAUGAACAGCUGAGAAAAGAUGCUGCUGCCAAGAAACGUGAAGAGGAAAGCAAGAGGAAAGAAGCCAAGCUGCACAAAGGGGUGCAGAACGUGGAGCAAAGCAAGUUUCAGGUACAACAGAAUCCCACAAAUCGGGAGAAGGCCACCAGUGUCCCAAGGUUACCCAGCAAGGCAGCUGACACACAGAGCAAGAGGCUGCUGUCCCUCAAUGCUUCCCAGAUCCAGCCAGGGAGAAACAGCAGAGGUUCACCUAAAGCUGGUCAUGACAAAGGGACCCCAAAGGAGAGCUGCCUGUCAGCAGAGCCUCAGAGUGGAGGUCAUAAGAUCAGGCAAGAUUCAUUGAGGAAACACAUCAAAAGCAAGUCAAGCUGUGUCCAUUUCCAGUGUGGCAAAGCAAACGAGGGAGCAAAAGCUGAAGUGAAACCUCAGGUUGCGGCUGCUGCGGAGGCGGACGGAGAGAAGCACAAGGAACACGCUGCGGACACAGCGGAUGCCUGUGCUCGGAGGAGCAGGAGGCUUCCUGCUCCUGCCUGUAGGGCUGCCAGUGCUGGGGAGAAGCUGAGGGACCCAGGUCAGGCUCCCUCUGGCAGGAGGGACCAUGGUGAGGGAAGGGCUGUGCUCUUCUGCGGUGUCGGCUGUACCGGCGGAACGGCGCAGAACGCAAAGCCGGGUGAAGCUUCUUCCAAAGGCAAAAGGCACCAGCAGAAAGCCAGAAAUAAAGAGGUGAACGAUAAGAGAUGUUCACCAGCUGGUUCUAGCAGACCAGGAAGUGCCAAAACAGUGUUUGUAAGCAGCAGAAAUGACAGCCUGCAUGCUGUAGAACAAACUGUCAAAGUGGGAAACAAUGAAAUGGCACAAAAGGCCUCUCCAUUAUUGUCUGCUGAGGCAGAACCUACCAGGACUGUGCCAAGAAACCCAAUAGCAUGUUCUGCUUCUGAUGACGGUUUGAACUUGGAAAAAACGGGCAUAAUUGGAUCCAGGAAUGCAGAUGAUCAGUUAUGUUCUGUUCCAUGGCAAAGUACAAAUAUUGAACUAAUUCCUUUAGAGAUUCGAAUGCAGAUCAUAGAAAAAGAAAGAAAAAGGAAAGAGCUUUUUCGGAAGAAGAACUACGCUGCCACAGUCAUACAGAGGACGUGGAGAAGUUACCAGCUCAGACAGGAGUUGUUUCAGCUCCUGAGUGCUAAGCGGCUCUGCAAGGAAGAUGAAGACAAAUGGAGACAAGAGGCAGCUGCCUUCUUCAUUCAGGUUGCUUGGAAGAAGCAGCUGAACCACAGCCCCCUGAAAUCAGGUCCUUCAUGUAAAAAUCUGAAGUCUGUAAACAAAACCAGUUCAGCCAUAAAAACCAGCAAGCAGUCCAUCCUAAAGCAGAUAUAUGGGCGUUCUCAGGAAGGCAAAGUGUGUCAGUCAGCAAGAUCUCCUUCCAAGCUGAAACUUUCUGAUGUGCAGCUGGUCUCAGUGAGCAACUUACAGUGUGUUAAUUUGUUGGAGAACAUGGGAAAAUCAAGGCAAUUUUCAUACAACAUGAGACCAACUACUGCUGCAAAACCAAAAAAUACAAGACUGAAGCAUUAAGCAAAACAAUGUUUGGAAUUUAAAAUCCAUUCUGGUACAGCUGUUAUCUUUUAUAAUGUAUAAGCCAUCUAUGAUGUAUUAAACUUGAACAUUUUCAGUUUUGUAUUAUCACAGCAUUACAUGCCAAGCAGACUGCUAAGGAGCUGGACUCAUUUUGUGUACAAACUGGUUUUUAAAUGCAACUGUUAAUUUCUUUAUCAACACAGCAUGAAAUCUGAAUUGCAUUUGAAGACAGAAAAUGAAGCACUAAGCCCAGUAUUGCAAUAACACUGCAGAGGCAAUCAAAGCUUUCCAUUGCAAAAAGUAAGAAUGUUGAAUGCCUUCAUCAAACAGCAUUUCAAAAAAGAGGGAAACUGUACUAAAGAUAUUACAGUUCUUAGAGACCAAUGUUUAAUUCUACCUCAAGUUCAUUAAAAUUAAUUCCAAAAUCCAAGCAGGAAUGGAAGAACAUCCUUCAUGCUCCACUUCUCUACUAAAGAAACAAUUGUUCCUUAGCUAACUAUGGAUUUGGAAGGAAGUGUAGACAUGUUGACAUAAAACACUAAAGAAAUUGCUUUCACAACCUAUGGAAACUAUUAGGACUGUGUUUUCUACCCCUUGAAAUUAUCACCAAUUUUUUAAAUAACUCUUUUUCUAUGUGCAUUAAAUAGAGAAGCAAGAAAAGAUGGCCCCUACUGUAGAGGAAAAAAAAAAGGUCUUGUAAAGCUUUAGAGCUGCCACAGUGUAUUGUACAGUAUUUACCUUGCACAAAGUAUUUAAAAAUAUGA